UAUGAGCGCGAGCGGCGGGCUCUCGGGUCUUUUUUAGCGCCAUCUGCUCGCGGCGCCGCCUCCUGCUCCUCCUCGCCGCCGCCGCCGCUGCCUCCCUGAGUCACUGUCUGCGCAGCUCCGGCCGUCCGGCUCCCCGUACUCGUCGCCGAUAUUUGGAGUUCUUAUAACAUGGCAGAAGUUGACAACAAAGAACAGUCUGAACUUGAUCAAGAUUUGGAUGAUGUUGAAGAAGUAGAAGAAGAAGAAACUGGUGAAGAAACAAAAAUCAAAGCGCGUCAGCUGACUGUUCAGAUGAUGCAAAAUCCUCAGAUUCUUGCAGCCCUUCAGGAAAGACUUGAUGGUCUGGUAGACACACCAACAGGAUACAUUGAAAGUUUGCCUAGGGUAGUUAAAAGACGAGUGAAUGCUCUUAAAAAUCUUCAAGUUAAAUGUGCACAGAUAGAAGCCAAGUUCUAUGAAGAAGUUCAUGACCUUGAAAGGAAGUAUGCUGUUCUCUAUCAGCCUCUAUUUGAUAAGCGAUUUGAGAUCAUUAAUGCAAUUUAUGAACCCACGGAAGAAGAAUGUGAAUGGAAACCUGAUGAGGAAGAAGAAAUUUCGGAGGAUAUGAAAGAAAAGGCCAAAAUUGAAGAAGAGAAAAAGGAUGAAGAAAAAGAAGAUCCUAAAGGAAUUCCUGAAUUUUGGCUGACUGUUUUUAAGAAUGUUGACUUACUCAGUGACAUGGUUCAGGAACAUGAUGAGCCUAUUCUGAAGCACUUGAAAGAUAUCAAAGUAAAGUUCUCAGAUGCUGGCCAGCCUAUGAGUUUUAUCUUAGAAUUUCACUUUGAACCCAAUGAAUAUUUCACAAAUGAAGUGUUGACAAAGACAUACAGGAUGAGAUCAGAGCCAGAUGAUUCUGAUCCUUUUUCUUUUGAUGGACCAGAAAUUAUGGGUUGUACAGGGUGCCAGAUAGAUUGGAAAAAAGGAAAGAAUGUCACUUUGAAAACCAUUAAGAAGAAGCAGAAACACAAGGGACGUGGGACAGUUCGUACAGUGACUAAAACGGUUUCCAAUGAUUCUUUCUUUAAUUUUUUUGCCCCUCCUGAAGUUCCUGAGAGUGGAGAUUUGGAUGAUGAUGCUGAAGCUAUUCUUGCUGCAGACUUUGAAAUUGGUCACUUUUUACGUGAGCGUAUAAUCCCAAGAUCAGUGUUAUACUUUACUGGUGAAGCUAUUGAAGAUGAUGAUGAUGAUUAUGAUGAAGAAGGUGAAGAAGCGGAUGAGGAAGGGGAAGAAGAAGGAGAUGAGGAAAAUGAUCCAGACUAUGACCCGAAGAAGGAUCAAAAUCCAGCAGAGUGCAAGCAGCAGUGAAGCAGGAUGUUUGUGGCCUUGAGGAUAACCUGCACUGUAAUAGCCUAAACACAACUAUUAUUUACUUCUAGCCUUAUGUUUUUGUAUUUUCUUGGUAGACUUAAUUUUUUUUUAAGGAAAGAAAUCGACAUUUUAAAGACAAAUUUGUUCUAGCAUUUUAACUAGUUCCUGUCCCAUCAGUUGAAUGCACGGAUUGUCUCAUGCAUGUCCAUUUGUUGAUGCAGUUUGGUUCUUUGGGAAUAUUUUCAUCAUGUAGCUCUUGGAAUACAACCAUGAAAAUUAACAACAGUUAAACAAUUUUUUUUUGUUUGGCUAUUUUCUUUUCCUAAAGAACCAAGGGUAGUGUUUCACCUGGUUGUAGGAUGACUUUUAAGUUCGCUUGCAUUAAUUGUGCUUUUUAUUAUAUUGUUACAGAAAUGCAGUGACUUAAUACUACUAAAACAGUAUCAUUAAAAAAAAAACCUUGUGGUUAAGAAUUUCCAGUAAUAAGAUCAAACCCAGUAAUUGUUAGAUUAUUCAUGGAUUUUUGUAUUUUAGGUGAUAGAGUUAAUUAUAAAGAAUUCUGACUCAAUAUAUAUAUGGCUAUUGGUUACCACAGGGAGGUGAAUAAAACCUAGAAUCUUUAGUCACUAAUACUAUUGAAGAGUACUUUUAAAACUUCCAUUAACUAAGCAUUUUUUCUUUGUGGUAGGAUCUACCUUCUGCUUUCCUGGAAAGGAUGAAUUUACAUCAUUUGACAAAGCCUAUUUCAAGUUACUUGUUGUUUGUUGGCUUAUUUUGUUUUUUCAGCCUAAAAUAAAAAUGUCAAAUACAAUUUUAGUUCUCACAGGAUAAUGUCUUAAUUUUGUACUAAUUCAUGUGAGCAGCAGAGACUUAGCUUAAAUUGAGAGUUCUUAGUGUACCAUAUUAUUGAAAGGAAGGAGGAGGCCAACUUUGGAAGAGGUGUUAAGCUGUGUUAUAAAAGAAAGUCUUAAGUUAUGUGUUGAGUUUUUUAAAAGGAAAAAGUUAUGUUUCAUUUCCUUUGGAUUAGAACUUUAACCUCUUGUUUAUUCUUAAUGCUUCAGUAUGAGAGUCAUUUACCAAUGCUUCUGUUUACUAUGUAUUAAAAUGGGUAGUACUGUUUACUUAACUACCUCACAGAUGUGUUAAAGCAUAUUAAGUUUAAAUUAUUUCUGAAUCUCAUUAAAAGCUCAAAAAUUUGGGCCUCUUCUUACCACAAGUAUGAUAGUCAGCAUUUUUCUAGGCUUUGAUAAUUAAACUGGAAAAUGAGGCUUACCUGUUUUGGAUCAGGCCAAACAGCAUUCCUUUUCAUGUUCAUGUGGCUCUUAUUUUUACUGAAAAUGGAUGGAGUGGGUCAGCUAUUUCAAAAGGCCCAAGGAUUUUUUUUCUAGGAAUUUUACAUGGCUGUAUUGUAGUAAAUACUUCAGAGAUCAUGGGGAUAAGGGUUUUAAUAAGGCCAUUUUCCAAAAUAGGUUGGUGCCAUUAAGUCUGACUUACAGAGCCACAUUUAAAAUACCUCAGGCUAAUUACUGUUAAUUUUGGGAGGUGAACUUUUUUUUUUUUGACAACACAGAAUUGCAAUGUAAUUGAAGAAGGUCUAGAGUUCCUGUUAAAAAAUUAAGUUCAUUUUUUUUUUAAAGAACUUUCUUUUGACAAAUUUCACAUUAAGGUCUUAGAAUGUAAGCACAUUUGUAUAUAGUACUAUCCAUACCUCUUCCACAGAUUUUAACUACUGGAAAUCCUUAACCAAUUUCAAUAGGGUUUUUUUUUUCUCUUUAUUUUCAAAAUGAUUUGAUUGCUUUUGUUAGUCAUUCUUUGCUGAUAUUUUUUGUAAUUUAUAGUUCAUCUAAACAGCUUUUUUCUGAACAUAAAAGUUUGUAACCGGAAGAUAGAAUCCCAUUUUUAAUGAACUUACAGAAGUAGGAAAAUCAUUCCUUUUCAUUCCUUUAGGAAAUAGCUAUUGCCAAAGUGAAGAGGUAGAUUAUAUUUCAUGAUGUUAAAUACUGGGGAUGUGUUUGGCAGAAUUGUUUUCUUUAUAGUUUCAAGAGAUGUCAGUGUUCAUUUAUGCCAUUUCUUCAGUUCCAAAAUGGUUCUCUAUUCCAUACUAGAAAUUUGAAAUAUGUAACUUGAAAUCCUUAAUAAAACUUGGAUUUAAUUUUAUAAAAUA